UGUACGCUCGCGCUGACUUCCACAACAAAGAUGGCGGCGGUGUGAAGGAAACAGACGAGAAUAAAUCCCCGUUUUGAGCCGAAAUUAAGCGAUUUAAACGCAUUUAAUCGCUUUUUACUGAACUGUAUCCGUCAGUAUGGGAGGAGGAGAUCUGAAUCUGAAGAAGAGCUGGCACCCGCAGACUCUGAAGAACAUCGAGCGGGUGUGGAAAGCCGAGCAAAAGCAUGAAGCUGAACGGAAGAAGAUCGAGGAGCUGCAGAAGGAGCUGAAGGAGGAACGAGCUCGAGAAGAAAUCACCAGAUUCGCUCAGGAGACCGGCGCUCUAAAGAAGAAGGAUGAGCGUCUGGACUGGAUGUAUCAGGGCCCGGCGGGACAGAUCUCUCGUGAGGAGUACCUGCUGGGGCGUCCUGUCGAUAAGCAGAUCCUGCAGCAGUACGAGGAGCCCGAGAGCGGCCCCUCCAGCGAGACCGGCCUCCUGCCCGGCUCCAUAUUCAACCCCACCACUGCCGCCUCCAACCUGGACAUGGCUGCUAAGAUCAGGGAGGAUCCGCUCUUCGAGAUCCGUAAACGAGAGGAGGACAAAAAGAGAAGCGUUCUCACAAACCCUGUGAAAAUGAAGGAAAUUCAGAAAAUGCUGCGUCAGAAUCUGGAGAAGGAAAAGGACAAGAAGAAGAAGAGGAAGAAGGACAAGAAGGAGAAGAGGGAGGAGAAGGAAAGGAGGAAAGAGAAGAAGCACAAAAGGAGGAGUUCCAGCUCCGAUGAGGAAGAUCGGAAGCAUAGCAGGUCGAAGGAAGAGAAUGGAGUUUCCAGCAAUUCUCAUUCACACCACAAACCCGGAUAUGGACUCCAGUUACCAGCAAGCAAGUCCCAUCAUUCAUCAGAAUCCUCCCACUCUGAUCACCGCAGAGACAGGAGUCGCUCUCCACUGCGUCACCGAGACGAGAGGAACCACCAUUCAUCUCAUGAUUCAGACAGGAAGUCUAAAGCUAAAGCCCCCAGCCCCCCCAGACACAGAGAGCGCUACCAUAGACCCCAGACCACUAACUACAGCAAGCGUCUCUCGGCUGAAGAGCUGGAGAGGAAGAGGAAGGAGAUGAUGGGCUUCGCUCGUGACCGAGAGGAGGAAAGAGAGAGCAACGUGAAGAAAUACAAACGACAGGACGAACAGGACAAAGCCCGGGAUGAUGCUAAACACAGCCAGCAUGCCAGCUUCAUACACAACAUGAAGCUGGAGAGUGCUGCCACCUCCACCGUGGAGGACCGAGUGAAACGAAACAUUCACUCCAUUCAGAGAACCUCUGCCUCCCUGGAGAAGAACUUCAUGAGAAGAUAAGGACCAAACCCAUCCUUACCUGAUAAUGGCCUUGAUGUUGGUCAGCAAAUGCAUUUUCACCAGCGUUGAUGUUCUUGAACAUUUUACCUUUUCUGUACAGUAAUUUUACAUUUUUAAUUUUUCUCUAUAUUCAGUUACAGUAAAGCGUACCCUAAAUAAUGAACAGUUGUACAGUAAGAGUGUGUUUAGUCUAUUUGAUGGUAACCGUUUGGCUGUUAGAUGUUUUUUUUUUUUUUUUUUUUUUUUUUGUCCUCAAUUUAAAUGCAUAUUCAUCUCUGUGAAUUUUGUACUUUUAAAGAUAUCAGGAUAUAAGAACACGUUUCAUUUGUUAAUAGAAAUUCUAUGCAUUGUACUUAAAAAAAAAAUGACAUCACAAAUAUAUAUUAUAAAACAUGAAGAUGCUUUAA